AUGGCUCCCCGAAAUCGUAUCAUCGUCGACACGGAUCCUGGGGUGGACGAUGUCCUGGCCAUGCUUCUCGCCCUUGCAUCCAAGGCAGAAGACCUCGAAGUCAUCCUUAUCUCUUUGACGUUCGGCAACGUGGACGUGCGAAGCUGUCUACGGAACGUCGUGGCCAUCUUCCACAUCCUCGAGAAAGAGCUGAAGUGGCGAAAAGAACACGGCAAACCGAUCGGCUUCGAGGGAAUCACCAAAUUCAAACCCAUCGUGGCCAUCGGCGCCGAUGGGCCUCUACAAGACCGCAUUGAAAACGCCGAUUACUUCCAUGGCAUCGACGGUCUAGCAGGAACCCACACCAGCCAUCCUCACUUCUCACCCGAAGAGAGCUGGAAGACCCUCUUCGAAGAACCACCUCCAGACUCGGUGAUCACGGAACAAGCAAAAUUAGAAGCAAAUCUGCAGGAACCGACGCAAUCUUUCACCCCGUCCCUCGUCCCCGCUCAUCAGGAAAUCCUCCGCGUACUGAGAGAGAACGAACCAGACACCAUCACCCUGAUAUCCAUCGGGCCACUGACCAACUUCGCUCUCGCUGCAGCCGAGGAUCCCGAAACUUUUCUCCGCUGCAAAGAAGUCGUGACUAUGGGCGGCACGGUGGACGGUAUUGGCAACGUGACCCCCGUGUCUGAAUUCAACGUCUACGCCGAUCCCUACGCCGCCGCACGAGUGUACGCCUUGACUUCCGCCAUCCCAUCCUCCACCAUGCCCAUACCCAUGGAAGGCGAGCACUCAUACCACAUGCCGACGUACCCGCCAAAAUUGUCCAAACAACUCAAACUCACUCUCAUGUCUCUCGACAUCACGGAAUUCCACAUGCUUAGCCGCGGCGCAUUUACGGCGCACGCCUCUGCGCUCGCGGCGCAAGGCAGCCCGCUAGCCCUGUGGAUGACGGCCUUUAUGACACCCAUGCUCGACAAGAUGGAACGUCUCCAUUUGGGGCAUGAAGGGGAUGGUGCGGCGCUCGCCCUCCACGAUCCCCUGUGCAUCUGGUAUGUGCUGACACAAGACGACGCGCGAUGGAAGGUCUCCACCCGCAGUCCAGAGGACAUCCGCAUCGAGACCGCAGGCCAAUGGACGCGAGGCAUGACGAUCGGCGACAAGCGGGCCAGACGAAGAAGGAACAGUGAUGGCGAAGUUCCUCACGACAGGGGGAAUUGGUUGGGCAAUAAGUCGGGAAACAGAGUGUACAGGAUGCUUGAGAGCCCGGGGCGAGAAGCUGCCGCGCCAUAUUUGCUAGAAACGAUUUUUGGGGGUUGA